CUACUCAGUGUCCGCGCAACCGUAAGCGAUCGUGCAAGUUUAUUGUGAGUUUCUUCUCUAUUAUUUCUUCUAAAAAAUCUUCAAAGUGUUUUCGUUAAUUUGUUUAUCUUCGCUCUCGACAUUAAUUGCUCCAAAUGUCGGAGGUAUUUUUUAAAAAUACUCCAGUACAAAUGAUCAAACUAAGAAGAAGAAGAAGAAAUGGAGAAUAUAAUGAUAAUUUAAGACGGUGAAUUGCAUUCUCGAUACAAAGAUUGACUAAUUUCGAUGUGGAUGAUAAAAAACUAAUAAGAAGAAAUAGUUUUUGUGGGAAGAAAAACGACACGCGAGGCAAUCACGUAAGAAAGCAAUAGCCGGCUGGCGAUUCACGAUGUGAGUGGAUACGAGUGAAGAAGUUGAGAGAAAAGUUAACCAACUGCCGAGCAAGUGGCUUGUCUGGAGUUCCGAGAUACGCGACUUGUAUUAAAACGUUAAUCUUUCCUCCACUACCGGCUCAGAAGUGGAUUUUAUAAAAAUUAAAUGGAAGAAAAAAUAAAAAUAGUGAAGUUUAAAAAAUAAGACCUUAAAAGCUGGAAAUAUAAAAAAAAAAAAAGUGAUAGUGAUCAUUUAAAAGUUGUAAGGAGGGAGAAAAAGAAGACAAGGUGACAGAGACGAUAAGAAAGGAUGCAUCAAUCAUUAAUUUACCCGGAAAAGAGUGUACCGAGAUGUCGAGCUUGGCUAGAAGGAGGCAGACUAGUUUGCUCUUUGGCUCGAAGCGCUGGUGGGCGACGGGGUGCUGGGCGACGCGGGCCCAUCAGGAAGCUUAUUUGCGGAAGCUCUACGGGAGGAAAAACUCCCAGGCGAACGUCAACCCUGCCCUGGACCUCCAGGAGCCCGGGAGCUGGAUCUCAUCAGCGAGGCCCAACUCGGACGGGAAUUCCGCUCCGGGAUGUUGCCUCGAAGACAUUAUAAGAGGCGAAGACUCUGGGGUAGGUGGGGGAGGGACGGAAAUAUCCGGGGCCUCGGUAUUAGCCAGUCCUCGAGCCAGUCCCACGGAAAAAUGUGUUCAAUUUCUUACCGGUGCGCGUGUCUGCGUUCCGCACGAUUACUUAAGCGAUUCACUCAAUCAUGAACAAAGGCAGAAUCCCCGAGUAGUCGCUAGGUGCACUGAAUUCAACGAUUACCAUGGUGAUGGUGUUGUUAACUGCGGGUAUCAGGAUGAGAAGGUGUGCAGGAGCUGCAGAUGUCCGCGGGAGGAUCACCACCGGACGAGUAUCAAGUCAACGGACUCAUCGAUGGCAAUGGCAAUGGCAUUUCAAAACACCAGUACAUCCUCUCCGAGCGGCGGAGGUAUUCCUCCUCAUCAAGAACCGUUUAAGAGCCCCAUCGAGGCACCACCUGCGCUCCAAGACCCUCUUAUACAUCACCAUCAGCGACUUUCUCAGAGCGAUGACGAUAGCGGUUGCGCGCUUGAAGAAUACACGUGGGUCCCGCCGGGCCUCAGACCCGACCAGGUUCAUUUGUACUUCAGUUCGCUACCGGAGGAGAAGAUUCCUUACGUCGGGAGUGCGGGGGAAAGGGAGCGAGUGAAGCAGCUGCUACAGCAGUUGCCGCCUCAUGAUAACGAGGCGCGAUACUGCAGUGGCCUCAGCGAGGAGGAAAAACGAGAGCUUCGCGUGUUUGCUGCUCAGAGGAAACGUGAGGCCCUUGGUCGAGGACAUGCGAGUCAAGUAGAACGACCUCACGGUACCGAUUGUCGUGAAUGCAACAGGGCAAUCACCGCCGGGGAAAUGGCCAUCGGAGCCAGCAGAGCUGGGCCCACCGCACUUUGGCACCCCGCCUGCUUCAUUUGCUGCAUUUGCAAGCAAUUGCUGGUUGAUCUCAUUUACUUUUGGCGCGAGGGUAGGCUCUACUGCGGAAGACACCACGCUGAAACUCUCAAGCCAAGAUGCUGCGCUUGCGAUGAAAUUAUUCUCGCGGAUGAGUGCACCGAGGCCGAGGGGAGAGCUUGGCACAUGAGACACUUUGCGUGUCUCGAGUGCGAUCGACAGCUUGGCGGCCAACGAUACGUAAUGCGAGAAGGACGACCGUACUGUCUGCAUUGUUUCGACGCGUCUUUCGCGGAAUAUUGUGACAGCUGCGGCGAGCCAAUCGGGGUAGACCAGGGUCAAAUGUCGCACGAGGGUCAACACUGGCACGCUACCGAGGCGUGUUUUUGCUGCGCUACCUGCCGAACGUCUCUUCUUGGGCGACCUUUUCUUCCGCGAAGAGGCGCAAUUUAUUGCAGCAUCGCCUGCAGCAAGGGUGAGCCACCUACGACCCCAAGCGACUCGUCAGCCGGGCCUCCAAUAGCUCCGCCGCCUCCUUCAUUUCCCAAACAAAACAGGAAACUGCCUCCGCCAACGCCAAGUGAGGGGUCUUCUAGCCCGCCACUAUCAACAACGAGGCAUCAUACCAUUGCACAUACCUCUGGCUCAGCUAGAAAUUCUCCUAGAGUAUCAAGAAAACAUUACCAAGGCUCUACGUCACUUGCAACAACUCCCACGCAGAUUUCUACCUUUGAUUUUACUUGUGAAAGCCUUCCGAAUGCUGGGUCACGAUCUGCUGGCUUGGACAGAGUUAUUUUAGAACGUAAUCUUGAAAGGCUUUUACAAGAGCGUAAUACUCACACGGAAGAAACAAAUCCCAGUGAACUUGGAAGGCUAAUGCAAGCAAGAGAUCGUGAACCAUUACGAUGUAUACAAAACUCAACGCCAACUCAUGCGUCAAGUAUGCCAGAGCUACCUCCACCUCCUCAUCUAUUAACUCAACAUUCGACGACGAUUUCACCACAAACGCCUCCACCGCCGUCGCCACCGCCUCUCCCUCAUUUAAUACCAAACAUCUCAACUGACAGCACGGACCUUUGUGGUAAUCCUGCUCCAAUAACAGACCCACCCACACCCACAUCCAGGCGAGUAAGAUUCGAAGGAGACGAAGCCCAAGCUCUGUCUACGUCUACGAUGCCGCUCACAAACAACCCCUGCUCAUCAUCUUCGCCGUCAAAACUUCAUGUUCCUCGGUCGCGUAGUUUGCAGCCUGAACAAGUUGCCAGUACUUCGUGGGAAAAUGCUGGCCGCAUUACAAGACACGACGAUGAAGAAAGUUGUUGUUCGACAUGUAGUUCUUCUAGUAGCUCAGACGAAGCAGCAGCCUACGCGUUACCACCUAGAAGAGCUUAUGGUGGUGUGAGAAUAUCCUACGUACCUAAUGACGCAGUAGCAUGUGCAAAAAGACGCGGACAAAAUCUAUCACAGUCUCAAAAAGAAGCUGACAAAUGUAUUUUAUCUUGAUUACUGUUAAUUUUAUUAUUAUAUUUUAUGGAAAUUAAAAUAAAAAAAACAAGUGAUCAUAUUAAUUGUUUACUAUUAGAAUAU